GUCUGUGUAAUCCGGGGCGGGGAUGACAAAUUCAUCAGUGUUAUUCUUAUAGAAAUUCACAAAUCUUCUGAUGCUGCUGACUACUUAUAGAGAUAUUUACAUUGAUUUAGCCCCUGAGAGGUUGUCUUUUUGCAGCUGUAGUCUUGUGGCUCUGACAGAGAACAUCCUUGUUUAUGGGACUUAUAAGGGGAGGCUUACCGAUGCACUCCUUCCAGUACCGGCCCUCUCUCUGUUCUUACAUGUGGACAACAGAUAAAACCCUGGAUGUCACUGGCAGGAAAAGCAACAGCCCUGAACAAUAGGGCCACCCUUCUGCUUUCUGAGGGCCAUCUGGUUCCCUCGGUACGUUUUCCACCUGCCUCAGACAGGUUGUUGACAGAACAACAGCGGGGUGAGUAAAGACAGAUCUGCUGCUCCUCACACAUGUGUAAGGGGCCAAAAUGCAGUACUUCUUUUGUCUCCUACUGUUGAUGGCGGUUACCUCCAAGUCUCACAGCACCCCGUGCGAGAAAGGCUGCGACUGUCACGAGGAGCUGAAACUCACCACUUGCACUAACGCCCUCUUCACCCAACUGCCCAACCACAUCCCUCCUUACACGGAACACCUGGACCUAUCUAUGAACCUCCUAACCUUUAUUCCGAAGAGUUCCUUCCGAAUGGAACGCAAACUGAGGGUUCUGCUUAUGAAGGACAACAACAUCAACGCUGUGGCCGACGGGGCCUUCGCCCAGCUAGAGUUCCUUCAGAAGUUGGACCUGAGCUGUAACAGGAUCUCGUCCCUGAGCGAGAGCUUCUCCCUGGGCCUGAAUGCUCUGAGAGAGCUGCAGCUGAGCCACAACCACCUGCACACCCUGGACAGCAGGAGCUUCAUGCACCUGGAUGGCCUACAGAGGCUCAACCUUACUGGCAACGCCAUCCAUAAUAUCCAGGUGAGGUCCUUUGGCUCAUUGUCCACCUUGCGGCAGCUCCACCUGGAGGGCAACCAUCUCGUCUCCCUCAACAACGGGGUAUUCUCCAUGCUGAAGUCCCUGGAGGUCCUCAACCUGCAGGGGAACCAGAUCAACAAGACCCAAGAGGGUGUCUUCACACCCAUGACCUCCCUGGCCCUGCUCAACCUGGCCCACAACCAGAUGAGCACCAUCUACUUCAAGACCUUCCUAAGCAUCCAUACCUACAGUACCCAUAUCCUGUUGGAAGGAAACCCCUGGAACUGCAAUUGUGACCUGCAGAGAGUGUUCCAUAAGCUUAGAAGUGUUCAAAGGCUCUUCUUGGAUGAUUACUAUAAUCUUAGCUGUAAUGCUCCGACAGAACUAGCGAACUAUAGGUUGAUGGAUGUGGAUACGGAGCUGUGUAUCGCCGAGGUGGUUAUUGUGCUGAUUAUCACGAUCACCGUGGUGAUAACAGUGUUGGGGGCCAUCGUCAUGGCGGAGAGGAAGAGAAAGAAGAAGAAGAGGGGAAAGCAUUGGACGGAGCAGGGCAACUUGUCUGACUCAGAUCACUAGGGAUUGACUUCUUCUCGGCAACACAAUCCUUUUAAUACAUUUGUACAGUAACAUGACGAAAAUAUCUAUCAGAGACAGUUAUAAGCGUUGUCAUAUUUUAAAGGGCAUUUAGUAGGCUAUUGUACAAUUUCACCAAUUAUUUAUUGUGCACAAGUGUAUUAAUCAAUUACUCAAUAUGUACACUUUCUGCAUUUGUAAUAAUACCAGAAUUUGUAGUGUUCUAUUAGAUACUUUGAUAUACAAUAUGAACAAUACUGCAGGUGUGAAAAAUAAUAAAUUAAA